GUAGAGCUCUGCUUCGCAGGAGGAGAGAGCGAUCGAGGAGGAGCGGGUGGAGCGCCAGGAAAUGAGGCCGCUCCCGAGGGAGAAACCAUACCCUUUGCUCGGGAGUGUGUUUGCCAGCGCCGACAAAGCGCGCCAGGACACUGAUAGGGGACCCGACCAGCUCAGCGUAAGGACUGGUGGAGGAACCGUGGGUGGAUGUCGGCGAGAGCUGGUGGCCGACUUGGAGGGGUGUGGAGACGGGUUUGGCCGUGGCCAUCUCGAAGCGUUCAAGGACCUUCUCGAGGGUGGUCGGGGCAUGUCAUAGCUUCGUGAUAAUCUCCCGGCUCGAAGAUGAUGGGCGCGCCGGAGAAGACAAGUACCGGGGCGCCGGUCAUGCUGAAGGCGACUGCUUGGGUGUUGGAGAAGAGGUGGAGGCGAAGAAAUUCACCAUGGGAGU